UAAGUGUGUGUGUGUGUGUGCAUGUACUGUUCUGCUUGUUUAUGUGCGACGAAGAACGCCAGCCAGAUGCCCGAUAACACCUGAGCCGUGUGUGAUUGCUUCGGAUGUGACUCGUGCGACGGCGUGCUGUCGUGCAGCGCGGACGCACAAUGCGGAUCCUGAAGUGAUUCAUCCCCGGCGAGCGAUAUCUCCCGGCCGCGGCUGGAAUUGACAGAAAAAUCAAGAUGGCCUCCGAGACUCCUCUGCCUCCGGCUGCUGCGCCGGACACCGAUUCGGUGGUUGUGUAUAGCACGAACGCGCUGGAAGAACGGGAGAUCACCGUCACAGAGCGGGCACCAAAGCCCAAGCCACCUCCAAUUGAUGUUACCGCAGCACAGCAAUACCAGCAGCCAGACAACAAGACGCCCACGACUGUGCAGCCCCAGACGCCUGGCAGUUCAGCCUACAAAAGCAAGCUGGACAAGGAGAAGAAAAUUGGCCACCGGCGGGUCGACGAGGAGGGCCAGAUCACUUACAAAAAGAUCCAAACAUCACAAAUUAUAGGUUCAAUUCAACUAGGCAUCGGCUAUGCCGUUGGCAGUUUGGCAUCAAAACCAGAGCGUGAUUUAUUGAUGCAGGACUUUGCCAUGGUAGAGUCAAUCUUCUUUCCUGGGGAGGGCAGCAAUCUCACGCCAGCACAUCACUAUAGUGACUUCAAAUUCAAGGCGUACGCUCCGGUCGCCUUCCGAUACUUUAGGGACCUGUUUAGCAUUAAAACUGAAGAUUUUUUGAUGUCUUUGUGCCACGAACCCAUGAGGGAGCUAACAAACCCUGGUGCCAGCGGGAGUGUAUUUUACCUCACCAAUGACGACGAGUUCAUCGUGAAAACAGUCCAGCACAAGGAAGCCGAGUUUUUGCAGAACCUGCUUCCAGGUUACUACAUGAACUUGAACCAGAACCCACGAACACUGCUUCCCAAGUUCUAUGGCCUCUACUGCUACCAGUGCGGGGGCAAGAACGUGCGUGUUGUGCUGAUGAACAACUUGCUACCCUCGGUGGUGCCCAUGCACCAGAAGUACGACCUCAAGGGCUCCACCUACAAGCGCAAAGCGAACAAGCACGAGCGCAGCAAGCGCUCUCCGACCUUCAAGGACCUCGACUUUCUCGAGCACCAUCCCGACGGCAUCCUGCUAGAGGCUGACACAUAUAACGCUCUUAUCAAGACUAUCCAGAGGGACUGCCGGGUUUUGGAGAGCUUCAAAAUAAUGGACUACAGCCUCCUCGUAGGCAUUCACAACAUCGACCAGGCGGCAAGGGAACGAACAGAGCAGCAGCCUCAGGGUGCAAAGGAUGAAGUGAAACUCAAUUCAGCUGGCUCAGAAGAAGACUCCAGCUUUAAACCAACAGGAUCUGGGCUGACGCGGAGUAAGUCCGUAAACCGGCAACGGCUGGCGAACUUCUCCACCGCCAUGGAAUCAAUCCAAGCUGAUGUAGAGCCCAUUGAUCAUGACGAGGAUGUUCCAACCGGUGGCAUCCCAGCGAGGAACUCCAAAGGAGAGCGACUUCUCUUGUUCAUUGGAGUCAUCGACAUUUUGCAAAGCUACCGGCUCAAGAAAAAGCUUGAGCACACCUGGAAGUCCAUGUUUCAUGACGGGGACUCUGUUUCAGUGCACAGGCCCAGCUUCUAUGCGCAACGGUUUCAGGACUUCAUGGCCAAAAGGGUCUUCAAGAAGAUUCCCUCUCUGGAUCUCCCUGAAAUCAAGGGCCCUCAUCGCAAAUUUAGAGCCCUGGUGUCUAGUGUCUUAGCACUGAAGCACUCUCCUUCAAAGAGGAAAGGAGCUCCUGGGAGAACACGUCAGGUUUCAGCCAACGAACAGGAUGUCAUCAAGGAAGAAACGGAAGCAGACACAUCGCCAAGCAGAGAUCAAGCUCGCAAGAGAAGCAGCCCGACCGUGCUUGAUGAAUGGAGGCAGCAGCAGCAGCCUUAGCAGUGUGGGCCCCAACAAGCCACAGUGGGCAGCGCCAAGCCACCACAAGGACCAUUGCUGUUGCCGUUGCUACCGCCGUCCCUACUGCCGUGUCUGCAGUUUGAACGAGAGCUUGGGCCCCCACUUGUUGCUCGCAGGGGGAAAACUGCACCUCAUGAUACUCCUCCUAUGGACUCAAUUUUUAACUUUUCUUCUUACCUCCUGUGGCGACGUGCGUGUGUGUGCCUAUUGUUGCCUGUUGUUGGCACAGUUAGCAGCAAAUGCUGUUAAUAGAUGGAUCAACUUGCUAAUGGAAUGGAAAUGUCGUGGCAUAUUUUUAUGCAAACAUUGCAGUGUGUAAGCCACUCUCCUUGUGCAGUAGCCAAGCAUAGCUUUUAUUUGUGUAUUGUAUAGCAGUGUAUGUUGCCUGAUUUAAGACUCUGACUUUAGCGCUAUAUCUAUCUGCCGAGAGGCAGACCAACAAAACUUGCUGCUUGAUGUUCAAAUAAUUUUCACAGUAUCGGCAGUAUUUCUUAGUAACACUAUGUGGUCAUUAUCGUAUAUUGUGAGUAUUUGUGUGCGUAUCUGUUUUUUAGCUCUGACAAUAAGCUCUUGUCUAUUUAUCUUUCUUUUAGAUGUUCAUAUCUGUUCAUAUCCUAUGUGUAAAAAUGCAGUAACGCCAGCACUUAUUGGGUAGGUACAACUAAUUGUGCACUGUUGAACAGUGGGUUGCAAGCUCAAAGGGAUACAUUUAGCAGAUAGGAUUGACACCCCUGUGUAAAAGUUAUCAGACCAGGUGGCAUAGAAGUCCUUACUUGAAAUUUGUCUUACUUGUCUCUAAUACAUAGUGACAACUACCACCUGUGUUAAUACUUACGACUACUUUUGUUGUCUUUACUGAGGCUGCAGUCUUAGAAUUGUAAUUUAGAAUGGUUGUAAGGAGUUAACUAUUUUAUUUGCAAGGCCACUUUGUCUUAAAACACUAUGCCAUUUAAAUGUUCAAUCCCUGUGCGUGUUGUUUAUGCAUUCUCAUUGUCUGUGCUUGGCGGCUGUAUGUUGGCACGCAUAUGUAGCAAUUGUCUUUCUAGUGCAGUGAAAUUUUUGUGCAUUUAUAAAUGCCUAUGAAGCAUUGUAGCAUUUUCCUUUUGUAACUUGUUGCUACUUAAGGCUGUUAAAUAUUCUAGCUAUAAUGAAGGCAUGUUAUUAUUAGUAGUGUGCACUGCAUCAACAAAAAAAUGUUUUCAAUAGAUGCCAACUGAAAGUAGAGCGGUGUGCCUAAUUUUGUCUUCGGGACAUACGGUAAAACCUCCAUAGUUCGAUAUUGAGUUAUUCAAUAGUACAGAUAGCUCGUAUAAUUUGUGCAAUCUCGUCAUUCCUCAUGCAUAUUUAACUUGAUUUAAUUUGACACCUGAUCGAUACUGAUGUCUGUCUGCGCUAGGUUUCAGUUCAAGCGUCGGAGCAGCAUACCCUGGCUUUAUCUUUUAAUAUCAUGGUAAUAGUGAGGGUGGCUCCACUAAUAGGGCACCGCUAGGGCUAGAUGAGCAGAGAAAAAAUCCUGACUUACAUGCAUGUUUUUAAAUCGUAACAGCUAAGAAUGGGAAAAUCUGUAGGGCCUGUCAGUUUUCAACAAGAGCUGAUCUGAGCUGAAGGGGAAAAAUUUAGGCUGCCGCUUCGAAGUGUAAUGCUCAAGGAGUGUCUCAGUGUUUCUCAACAAAAGCUUCCGGUGCUGUGAAAGGAGAUACUUAAGUCAUACAGUGGCCCACACUGAAACAGUGGCCAGAAUAAUAACCAUUGUGUGACCAAUAUCUGUAAGAAUAAUGUAAAUACCAAAGUGCGCUCCUCGUGCUGUGCACAGCACGCAACGUUCAGCUUGGCCAAGUGCACUGGUGGCCUUUCCAAAAAAGAAUGUGUGCUGUCCAGAUCAGGAACAUAAUUCUGGGUGCUGUAGGCUACCAAACCAAGCAUCCUCACAAUACCAACUGCUUAACAUAACCAUUUAGCAGAUAGACGAUGCUUAUGUGUGCCUGCAUAACAAAAGUUUCGAGCCUUUUUUCUCCAACGCUUUCUUUUUUGUACAAUUCAGAUAUCUGCUUAAUUUGAAUAUUUUUUUUCUUUUCCUACAUGCAUUGAACUAACGAGGUUUUACUGUAUUGUCAAUUACGUGCCACACAUGUUUACAUGGUUAUGCCAUCUAUUUACAUGCGGCAGAGUUGCCUUUGUAAAUGUGAUUCUCAUUUGUAGGUGGCCACUUGCGAUGAGAUGCACAAAGUGAUAGGUCAGUUUCUAGACAGAGCUUGUCUAACAGUGUGCCGUCAGUUGCCUCCAGAGCAGCCUGUAACACACGCUGUCUUGUUUGGCACAAGUUGCCGUAAGGCAAGAAGAAAGGACAGGGCCAUUUGCACUGCAUUAUGUUGUCAGCAGAUCCAUAUCAUUUACAGUGUAGAUCAUGGUCAGUUUCAAUUGUGAACGAUGCCAAGUAAUGUGUUGAUCUGUGGCAUUGGCAAUCACCUGAGCUUCUGAAGAGCAAUCAUUCUUAUUCGCUUGCGUCAUUGCCUGUCGUAUCAUAAUUUCAAUGUGCAUUUAUGAAGUUUGACAUAUGUGUAAAAAUAUUUGAGCAGUCUGAAUUUUCGGUUAUUGAAACCUUGUGCUUUUCUUUUGUGUAUAGUUCACCUGUCGUUUCACGCUGCAGCGUCCUGUGAUUGUUGAUGGCACGAAGACUUGUUAGCACUAAGCAUUUGAGCCAUGUAGGUUUCUUGCCCUCAUGCAGAAGUGUCCUUACAUGUAUAGGUACAAUUGUAAGAGUCACAACGCAUUUAUUUCAGACCAUGUCAUGAUCUUUAUGCCUCAUAUCUCAAACAGUGUGGACUAGCAAGUUUUAUCUGAACCUAACUAUCAAAUGUCCAUAUUGAUGUAAGUAUUUACUCACAGUAUGAGUAAUUCUUUUUUUUACCACGUUAUGAAUCAAAUUGAAGUAGGAGAUUAUGAGUUUUGUUGUUUGAAUGUUAUGUUUAUCUAGACAGUUCUCAAUGUAACCUCUGUUUUAUUUGUAAGAUUACCUUGCAAGUCUUAAAUAAAGCUGUUUUCUACACUGCAAAAAAUA